AUGGAAAUGACAAACUCUAGUGGCAUUCCAACAGACAAGCUAGGAGGUACAAACACAAUUGACGACGAGUUUGCCAUGCUUUUCCUAAGAGAGUUGCAGAACACUCGAUUGGAGCCUAUUCGAGAGGGGGAAGGCAGUUUGGAGACGGCACCUGAAAAUGCCAAGAUUUUCAGCCCAGCGCAUACGCAAGGCACAGAGCUUGACUUUUUGGGUGCUAUGGAGAAUACAGACAGUGACCACAAGUCGGGAAUGAAGGGUGCUGCCAGUUAUGCCAUGUAUUUGCCGCAGGAAACUAUACUCAACUCAAACUUCCCAGAUUUGAACGAUUUAUACCCGUAUGACAGAAGUCAGAAUUUGUCCAAUAUAUCACUAGAUACGUUGAUGAAGAACACAGAAGCCGUUUUCUCCAGGCCAGCACUCCCAGAGCAAAGGCCAAACACUCUAAGUAUACCGGCGACUUCUCCCUUGCCCGUCCAAUUACAAGCAGGGGCACCUGGCUCUAUGACAAACGUAAACUCGUUGCAAUUCAGUACCGUGAGAGAAGAGCCAGUAUCGAUGCAUACCGGUCUCUCUGGAGAGGAUCCAGCCCUGGAUGAGAGGUUUACAGUGACACAGAUGAUCUCCGAGAAGGUCCUGACUCUUUAUGAAAAAAAAAGUGAAAGUCCACCAGAUGCUUGUUCUCCAAACAUCAUGGAUACUCUAGGGAAGUCGAUCGUUCUCAAGGGCGGUAUAACGGGUAAAAUAUAUAUCGACCGUGAGUCAUAUGGGAAGCUAUCGAGCAACAUAUCGCAAAUGUCUUUGGAGAAGAACGAAAAUCUGGCGCUUUUAUUUUGCUACAGGCGGAAUUCAACCACUAUAAGUCUCCCCAUGGACCUCCGAUAUAUCAAAGAGUUGCAACAGAGAGGGCUGGAGUCGGCCUUUGAUCAAGUGACAUUGUGUUUACAUACAAGUUUGAGGAAGUUUGAUGGCAAGGACAAAUCGAAAAUUAGUGUGAUCACCGGCUUUGAGGAGUUUUCCUUCAAUGGCUCGUCUUCUGGGUUAAACGGUAACAUUAUAAGUAUAAACAGUACAAAGACUUUGGUCAGCUUCAGCGACCUUCUCCGGCUGAGUAACUCGUACAAUGAAGUCAUUUUCCUAUGGGAUCAAAUCAAGUUCAAAUCCGCCACUGCCAAUAAUAGACACGAUGCUGCCAAUAAGCAUUACAACGUCAUACUUGAUGUCUCCUUUGAAAAAACACGUUGGGGGAAAGUCCAGACUCUCCUGACCAAAACACUGGAGUCUCAGAAGAUUAUUGUUAGAGGCCGAAAUCCAAGCUUUUAUUCUCAGAAGGGUGAUAUUCUGAUUGGCAAAAUCAAAAAAAUAGCUUCUACAAGAGGCCCUAGAGCAAAUAAAAUGGACUUGAAGGAAAAAUUAACCUCUUUGGAAGGUAAUAGUUGUAAGGAAAAUAUAGUACCGGCAAUAGAACCCGCUAAUGGUAGCAAUGUCUGCAGAUUUGGUCCAAAUCCUGACUCCACGGGCCAUGGGAAUGGCUCACAAGACGCCUCGCCGUCCUCGGUGGCCUCAAGUUACAAGUACUAUCGAGCCAGUGACAACUACUACUUGCCCCCGGUUGACGUUGGUUAUUUCCCUCAUUACGUUCACCAUAGUAACAGUGUGCUUAAGGCUGGUGGCAAUCGUUAG